UGUCCUGUCUUGCCGGCCCGGGCAGCAGAGCCGAGCCGCCGUCUCGGGCCGAGGGAGGCACGGAGCCGAGCCGAGCGAGCUGGCGGCUGGGGCCAUGGCGGGUGGGGACAGCCGGGAGGACGGCGAGGCGGCGGUGGUAACGGUGAGGGUGCAGUACUUGGAGGACGCUGACCCCUUCGCCUGCGCCAACUUCCCGGAGCCUCGCCGAGCCCCCACCUGCACCCUGGACGGCGCACUGCCCCUGGGUGCCCAGAUCCCCGCUCUCCACCGGUUGCUGGCGGCACCGCUCAAGCUAGAAGACUGAUGCCCUGCAAGUCUCAACCAAUCUGGAUAUUACUUGGACCCGGAUCUAUCCCUAGAAGAGCAGCGCGAGAUGCUGGAUGACUUCUAUGAAGAGAUUGGCAAAGGGAGGAAGCCCACCCUCAUCCUUCGUACCCAGCUCUCCAUCCGAGUCCAUGCCAUCCUAGAGAAGCUCUACCGAUCCAGUGGCCCGGAGCUGCGACGCUCACUCUUCUCCCUGAAGCAGAUCUUCCAGGAGGACAAGGACCUGGUCCCGGAGUUUGUGCACUCAGAGGGCCUGAGCUGUCUGAUCCGAGUGGGGGCCGCUGCGGACCACAACUACCAGAGCUAUAUUCUUCGAGCCCUGGGCCAGGUGAUGCUCUUCGUAGAUGGGAUGCUGGGCGUGGUGGAACACAGUGAAACCGUGCAGUGGCUGUACACCCAUGUGGGGGUAGAGUCUCGUCUGGUGAUGAAGACAUCCCUGAAGCUCCUUCUGGUGUUUGUGGAAUAUGCAGAGACCAAUGCACGGCUCUUCAUCCAGGCUGUCAAUGCUGUCGCCAAUGCCACUGGCGCCUACCCAUGGGCCACCUUUGUAUCCAUCCUGGAAGAGAAGAAUGGAGCUGACGCGGAGCUGUUGGUGUUCACCAUGACACUGAUCAACAAGACGCUGGCAGCCCUACCAGACCAGGACUCAUUCUAUGAUGUGACGGAUGCAUUGGAGCAACAGGGCAUGGAGGGCAUUGUGCAAAGGCACCUGGGUAGCCCGGGCACAGACGCUGACCUCAGGACUCAGCUUGUUCUCUAUGAGAGUGCCCUGCGGCUAGAAGACGGAGACCCUGAAGAGGGGGUGCCUGGUAUGCGGCGGGAGCGCAGGAAGCCUUCAUCAGAAGAGGGAAAGAGAAGCCGGCGUUCCCUGGAGGGGACAGGCUCUGGUGUCAGUUCUCCUGCCAGGGCAAGCUGCCCCAUCCUGCCUCCCUCCAAAUCUCCUGUGGAAGCUCACCCUCGCCCCAUAGGCCCAGCCCCCUGCCUCAGUUCUUCAGUGGUCCUGUUUCCCAGCCCCACUAUGGUCCCCCCUACCGAUCCACUGGGUGAAAGGAGCAUCUAUAAAGCCCGUUUCCUGGAGAACGUGGCGGCAGCUGAAACGGAGAAGCAGGCUGCCUUGGCGCAGGGGCGGGCUGAGGCCCUAGCUGGAGCCGUGCCAGAUGAAUCCGACGGACACCAGGACCCCCGAGAGCUAUGGAACACCCCAGAACCAGACCCUGCCCCCCGCCCCCCCAGCACCCCAAGAAGUCCCCUUCCCCGGCCCCUGAUCCUAGCCCAGCGAAGCCUGGAGUCUGAGGUCCUGACGCCAGAAGCUCAGGUUCCCUCAGAGCUGCUCUCACCCCAGCCUUCGCUCCGCAUCGGAGACUUGGACUUUUCUGAUCUAGGGGAGGAUGAAGACCAGGAUCUGUUGGCCACCGAGUCAACUGGGGCUGCAGGAGAUGUCCUGGCACCACCCCCCCUCCCUGGGAAUCCUCCACCCCCACCCCCUUUGCCCCCAGGAUGCCCCCCACCAGCCCCACCACCCCCACCCCUUGGAGGGGCACCUCCACCUCCUCCACCCCCUGGGCUACCCCCACCUCCACCAGGUCCCUCUGCCAUUGAUGGUCCCAUCCUCCCUCCUAAGAGGAAGACUGUGAAGCUGUUUUGGCGGGAGCUAAAGCCGGGAAAGGGGGUCAAAGCCCUGGGUCGGUUUGGCCCAAGCCCUACCCUGUGGGCCUCACUGGAGCCUGUGACUUUGGACACUGCGAAGUUGGAGCAUCUGUUUGAGACAAGAGCCAAGGAAGUGAUGUCCAACAAGAAAGCUGCUGAAGGCCGAAGAACAAUGACGAUGGUGCUGGACCCCAAGCGAAGCAACGCCAUCAACAUCGGCCUCACGGCGCUGCCCCCCGUCCAUGUCAUCAAAGCAGCCCUGCUCGGUUUUGAUGAGUUUGCCGUCAGCAAGGAUGGCAUUGAGAAGUUGCUGACAAUGAUGCCUACGGAGGAGGAAAAGCAGAAGAUCCAAGAGGCCCAACUGGCCAACCCAGACAUCCCUCUGGGCCCAGCUGAGAGCUUCCUCUUGACCCUGGCCUCCAUUGGUGGGUUGGCCGCCCGACUGCAGCUAUGGGCCUUUAAGCUAGAUUAUGAGACCAUGGAACGGGAGAUCGCAGAGCCCCUGUUUGACCUCAAGCUGGGCAUGGAACAACUGGCCCAGAACCCCACCUUCCGCUGCAUCCUGGCUACCCUGCUAGCUGUGGGCAAUUUCCUCAAUAACUCUCAGAGCUGCGGAUUUGAGCUGAGUUACCUGGAGAAGGUAUCUGAGGUGAAAGACACUGUGCGGCGGCAGUCCCUGCUCUAUCACCUCUGCACACUUGUGCUCCAGAGCCGGCCCGAGUCCUCUGACCUCUACUCAGAGAUUCCAGCCCUUACUCGGUGUGCCAAGGUGGACUUUGAGGUGCUGGCUGAAAACUUGGAGCAGCUGGAACGGCGGAGCAGGGCAGCCGAGGAGAACCUGCGGAGCCUGGCCAAGCACGACCUCACGCCUGCCCUGCGUGCCCGCCUCACCCACUUCCUAAGCCAGUGUGCCAAGCGCAUUGCCAUGCUCAAAGUGGUACACCGGCGCGUGUGUAACAGGUUCCGUGCCUUCCUGCUGUACUUAGGGUACCCCGCAGAAGCAGCCCGGGAGGUGCGGGUGAUGCAGUUCUGCCAGACGCUUCGAGAGUUUGCCCUGGAGUACCGGACGUGCCGGGAACGUGUAGUCCAACAGCAGCAGAAGCGGGCCACCUACCGUGAGCGCAAUAAGACUAGGGGGCGCAUGAUCACCGAGACGGAGAAAUUCUCAUCCGUUGCUGAGGAGGCCUCAAGUCUCCUACCUGUGCCAGUGGCCGUUGGGAGUGGUCCAGGUCAGGGGGACAAGGACACAGAUAUCACCAUGCGGAGCCUGUUGACCAGCGGGACUGAAGCUCUGACCCACAACCGAAGGAGCCGAGGCCUGGCCCGGAACAACACCCCUGCAGCAGCACCAGCGACCCCCGCCACACCCCCAGAGGAGGCCCUGGGCUCCGGCUCUCCUACAGACACCUCAGACGAGAUCAUGGACAGACUGGUGCAGUCCGUGACCCGGAGCAGCCCCCGGGCUCUGGCUGCCCGGGAGCGGAAGCGAUCUCGGGGCAAUAGGAAGUCCUUGAGAAGGACCCUGAAGGGCGGCCUUGGUGAUGACCUGGUGCAGGCACUAGGACUGAGCAAAGGGCCCGGCCUGGAGGUGUGAGAGGGGUGACCCCACUAUAUCCCUCUCAAGGCGCCUCCCAGAGAGUGGCCUCUACACUCCAGGGAGGUAAAGGGGAGAGGCAGUUGGGGAGAAGACGGGGAGAAUCCGUGCCCCCUCCUCCCAGCCAGUCCAUCACUCCGUGUGCCCUGGGGGCCCGGGGCCUAAGCAGUAUUACUUGUGUGUGAGCCUGUGUGAUGGGUGUGUGUGUGUGUGUGUGUGUGUGCUUAUGUGAGAGAGGGAUUUCUAGCCUAGGGUAAUAA